AUGCAACGGGUCGUGGAGGUCAGUGCCAGUGCGGUCAGCCAGACACGGUGUUUCAUAGACUACGAAUGUCAGUUGCCACAUAUCCUCGAGGCUCGCGCCUCCUCUGGCGUCUCGCAGUUUUUCGGUCAGUCUGGUCUCGAGGCUGGGCCCGAUAGUCGGCUCUACGUGCGAGGUGCGGCUGUCAUAGAGGAUGAAGAUGUGCCGCCGAUUUCUUCCCAGCCUGUUGCCCAUGUGCUCACAGGCGAUGGGGUUUUGUUGCCUGACACUGACAUGGAAGAGAUAGUCCAGUUUGCGGGGGCCUCACAGAGAGUCCAUAUUGCAGUUGACUGCAGCAGCACCAUGCCCACGCUCUGUUUUCCAGCGGGCAGCGUACAGUGUGGUCCUCUUCUAGCCUUCGCCUCCCAAAACAUGUGA